CAUAUUUCCUCAAAAACCGCAAAAAUAUUUCGGCCAAAAUCGUAAAAAUGUUAUAUUUCUGCCGAAACGUAAAAAAAAAUAUUUUAGUCAUUUUAUUAACAAGUCCACAUGGAUGCAGAUGGAAGUUAAAAAAUGAAAAGUAAAUGAAAAGUAAAAAAUAUUUUUGUCAUUUUAUUAACAAGUCCACAUGGAUACAUGGAUGAAAUGAUGAAACAAACAACACCCAUAUGGAGCAUCUGGGUAAGACAUCUAGAUGGAUCAUCUGGAUGCAUUUUCGAGAUGUACAAACGAACAGGGCCAAUGUCACACAUCCCUUGUACGCGAGAGACUUGCACUCUUCCCUAGCCAGACGAUCCAAUAACUUCGCGACCCUCACCGUUUACCGAAAAACCACCGGCAAAAUUCUUUAUUUUUAUUUCUCACUCUGUAAACCCAGAAAUCGAAAAAAAAGUCGAAAAGUCCCGAACCCAGUCGAAACGUCCUGCACAAUCUAGUCGAAGAGUCCUGCAGAACCAGCAGUUGUUCUCUCCUCUUUCCUCCAAAUCAGAAAUUAUGGUAUUGAAAUCGAAGAAGAAAGUAUAUAUUGUCCGGCAGAACACUAGAUCCCCCACCGAUGUCGCUAAACAGUCGCCACGUCGGAAAUCUCCGCGGUAUCCAGUUUCCGAUUCCGGCGACGAGGGGACGGGAUCAUCGAGACACUCGACCGUACCGAGACCAAAGUCGGCUCUGGUUACCGGUCAGCUUCAGGAGGCCGAAUCUUCCUCUAAAUUGCCUCCGAAGCUUUUAGCUUGGUUGUUAUCCAACCAAAUUGCGUCUCAAUAUUUACUCGAAGGCUCACGUCAUCGGAACUAUUGCGUCUUGUCUCCAAGGUUCCCAAGACAUGGAGACUAUAAUGGGGUCUCAAUUUGGCAGGCUAUUUGAGUUGCAUGUUGCUCGUUGCCACAACUCUGCGAAGGUGAUAAACAGCUUUCUCUGCCCAGAUUCUGACCGUUUGCAAGUAAGAGCUUUGGUUCCACUUUGCGACUCGUCCUCACUGGAUGAGUUUCAACAAGUAUUUGAUUUUUAAUGGAUACUAGAUUUUGACCCGCGCAGGCGCGCGGGUGUAUAUUUUGAAAAAUAUGUUGAUAUUUGUUUUUCAUGUAAUUAUUAGGAUUUGGAAAAAUGAAUCCGAGGAACAUAACCGAUACCGAUCCAAAGAUAUAGUACCAAACCCAAACAUAAAUUGAUUAAAUA